AUAGCUCACCUCGAGAAAGCCCCUCCCCACCUCCUCCCUCCAAAAACGUUAUUAGCGGUGAUGUCACCGGUGAGCGGGCGCGAGACUGGAAUGUUUUCCCAAUGUUGAUCGAGACAAAGGAUUGUGGGUAUUGGCUACGUGUGAAUGGAGAGAGCGAGAUGCAUGUGUAAGCUUGUGUGCAUGUCAUCCGCGACGCCGCUGUGCGAAGCCUUGCCUAAAGCAAACGCGGGCAGCGACGAGCUCACUACUACUCAUUUCGAGGCCAUGUUUGCUGUUGUCUUACAGCCUCGGUCAUGCUGCCCCUUGGCCCCCCAUUCCUCCUGACCCUGCUGCAGUUGAUUGUACUUACAUAUGUAAGUGAUGGAAAGUACUAUGGACACAAUCAGCACCCUCAAGCCUACCAGCAGCAGAUGCAAAUGCAACAUCUCCAACACAUGGGCAUGGGCAGUGAAGGCUACCCCCAGCAACAGUACAUCGGCAAAGAUGCGCCCUAUAUGCACUAUCCCCAAUAUAGGAAAGAACCCCCCCAAAUGCCCAUAAUGAAGGGCAAAGAAAAGGCUCGCAAAGGGGGUGUCUAUAAUGGUGGACAAGACAAAGGUCAGACAAUACCAAGUGGUGCUGAGGGAAUUCCCCAAGGACAACCUGGUCCAGCUGGCCCACCUGGUCCAGAAGGACCUAUAGGUCCCCCUGGACCUCCAGGCAACGGCCAACUAGGACCAGCAGGGCUACCUGGACCUCCAGGUCAACCAGGACUACCUGGGAUGGGUAAACCAGGGUUACAAGGACCACCAGGCAGACCGGGAGGGCCCGGUCUGCUUGGCCGGCCAGGAGAAAUGGGCCCUAGGGGCGAACAGGGGCCGUCCGGGCAACCAGGACGCCAAGGUCCACCAGGACCACCUGGCCUACCUGGAUUAGGUAAACCAGGUGUCCAGGGACUGCCAGGCCAACCAGGGAUGAAAGGAGAGCCAGGCCACAAAGGACUGCCAGGACUUCCUGGAUUACAAGGACCCAAAGGCGAUAAAGGAAUGGGACAACCAGGGCAACCAGGUCAUAAAGGUCUGCCCGGACCCCAGGGCCCUCCUGGGGCAAGAGGUUUACCUGGUUUUGGAAAACCAGGUUUGAAUGGAAUGCCAGGCCCACAAGGACCUCCUGGAGAUAAGGGGCAUCCAGGGCUGAAAGGACUAAGUGGGCCACCGGGUGAAGGAGGACCACCAGGCCCGCCUGGUCUGCCGGGGCAAGGAAAACCAGGUCAAAAUGGUCUACCUGGACAGCCAGGCAUGCAGGGUGUGAAAGGUCAUCCGGGACCACCUGGUUUACCAGGAAAGCCAGGAGUACCUGGCUUUGGAAAGCCAGGCCUCCAAGGACCAAAGGGUGAUCAAGGUAUGAAUGGACUACCUGGACCCCUAGGACCAAAGGGAGAUAAAGGUCAUGCAGGAUUACCUGGUAUGAUUGGACCUGUUGGCCCAAGUGGUCAACCAGGACCUCCAGGACCCAAGGGGCCAUCAGGAGGUGUAGGCUUACCAGGUCCAAAAGGAGAAUGUGGUGAAGGAGGACCUAAAGGGAUUGACGGAAUUCGGGGUGACUCCGGUACGCCUGGAUUACCUGGCACUGAUGGUUUACCUGGAGAACGUGGAAGUCCAGGGCCGAGAGGUCCACAAGGACCAAGUGGCACCAAAGGAGACAAUGGACAUAAAGGCCUUCCUGGCCCACCAGGUCAGCCAGGACUUCCUGGGCUCAAAGGAGAAGGUGGAUUUCCUGGUGAAAUGGGACCUCAGGGUCCGAAAGGAAUCCCUGGUAUGGAUGGUGCAGCAGGGCCAAUCGGACCACCUGGACUUCAAGGGCCAAAAGGAGGUUUUGGCCCUCCUGGUCCACCAGGCAUUGCAGGUGUAGGCAUUCCAGGUCAUCCUGGUCCUAUCGGACCUCGGGGGAAAGAAGGCCCAUCAGGUCCCCAAGGACUGAGCGGACCACCAGGCCCUCCUGGCCCACCAGGAGAACCUGGUGUGUCUCCGGACUUGGCUGGAGUGCUCUCCCAAAUGGGCCCCGGCCUGGAUGGUGAAAAGGCUGGUGGCUACGGUAAAAAAGGCAAAUAUGGAGGAAAUGGUGCAGAAGUCAUGGGAGCAAGCGGGCUGGAAAUGCCAGCAUUCACAGCUAUUUCAUCCGCUCCAUUCCCGCCCGUGGAGACUCCGGUGGUGUUUGAGAAGCCUUUGUACAACGGUCGCCAAAACUUCAACCCCCAAACGGGAAUAUUCACCUGCGAAGUCCCUGGCAUUUAUUACUUUGCCUACCACAUCCAUUGCAAAGGAACCAAUGUGUGGGUGGCCCUGAUGAGGAACAAUGAGCCGGUGAUGUAUACAUAUGAUGAAUACAAGAAGGGAUACUUGGAUCAAGCAUCAGGAAGUGCAGUCUUACCUUUACAGCCAGGGGACACGGUGUACAUUCAGCUGCCCUCAGAUCAAGCUGCAGGACUUUACGCCGGAGAGUACGUGCACUCGUCUUUCUCCGGAUUUCUACUGUAUCCAUUGUAAGCGAAAAGUAAAGAAUAGGAGAUGGGCUGCAUUUUUGUUGCCAAAAAGUGGACUUUUAAGUAACAAUCUGGGAACGUCAUCACUGCAGAUGAGAAGGCGGUUUGGUUAUCACAAGGAAGGACGAUGGUCUGUAUCUAAAACCCAUUUUACACCACAGAGCCAUUAGUCUAUGUGCCAUUUUAUACGUAUAAAAGUAUAGAAUAACCUAUGAUAAGGCAUUCACCGAGGACCUGGAGGAUUUAUCGUAUUCCCUCAAAUAGUGGCCUCCUAGAAUAGACACGGUGUCUCAAUUAGUCCGCGGGUGUGUCGCCAAUUUGAAGUCUGCCGUUAACCAAAACAGAAGCACCAAAAGAGGGAUGUGAAACAGUCUCUCACAUAAGAGUGCCAUACUGCUGUUUGUUGUAAACAAUAAUUAAUGAUGAUUUUACAUUAUGGGGAGACUAGAUUCGAGUUCCAGUAGACUCUGCCAUGUCGCUCCAGAAUGUAGUGUGCGUCCAAGUGUACAUUCCUGGCAUCGAUGCGCCUUUUUUUUCCUCCUAGUCACUAAUUUCUUUCUGCAUUUUCUCCAUUAUCAUAAAAAAAGAUAUACAUUAUAUUGAUGUAUAAAUUGAUAUGAUUUUUCUAGAAAUCGCAUUUAUACAAAUAAUAGUGGACGUCUCCGCCCAUCUGCAGUUGAGUCGCCAAAUGCCCCUGCCCCCUAGAUGAGAAAAUCCGUUAGUUUUGAUGUAAUUCCGGCAAACCAAGUGAAUGCAGUUUAUUUGUGUUUCAACGUGAGGACAGGAAGGGAAUUUGUAAAGUAUGCAAAGAACAACUGAACAUAAAAUAUUGUUGCAAUAAGGCGUUUAAGAAAAUUAGGAAAAGUGACAGCUACCCAAUGUGGCAAAGAAUGUGAAGUUCAGCCAAAAACGUGAACAGAUACAUUGAUGAUGAUUGAUAUACCCCCCCACCCACCUCAUCCAUACCAAUGUGUAAAUACAACUAUUGCCUUAAAUCAAUCGGAGCAAAACAGAUCACAGAUUUAUGUUGGUCAAGCUCAGAAAGAGCUUAAACAUUCCAGUGUUGUGCCACAUGGAGUAUAUACACAUUUUUGUGAGUAACAUUUUUCAGAGAAUAAUGUCAAAUGAACUGUGCUUUUUUUACUUACUUAUGCCUGCUUUGCUCUAAUUCUGCGAGGAACUUUAACAGAUUUGGCGGUGUGAUCAAUGCCCUGCAGAGAAUUUAAAACUAGAUGCAAUACCACUCCCUACGAACAAGAAACAGAAGAGGCAUUUGUUAUGAAAGCAAAUGUGAAUGGAUAAAGAAGUCAUUUUGAAAUCAUUGUCAAAUUUCAUUAAAAAAUUCCAUUCCUAACCAAUGUCACAAUAUCUGUUUGUUUUGGUUUUUUUUUUCAGAUUAGUCUUUAUCGUACAGUGAUUUCAUUUCUGUAAUUGUUGCUGCCAAUCUGAAAUGUAUAACGGCAGGAAAAUUAUAUUUAAAAGGGGGAAAUGAAACAACAUUGGUGUAAAGAUGUGUCAAAAGUGAUGGGACAUGGGUGAGUACUUAUGUCAGUAAUUUAUUAUUUGGUCCGAUAAUUGCCUAACAUAUAGGUGCAAGAGGAGCGUGGGGGAGGAAUUCUGAAAAGAAAAUAAAAAAGUAUUUUUCUUUCGAAGCAUGGUGCUAAUAUUGUUAUUGUAACCUGAGAGUUAAUGUAUUAAUGUUUCACUGUUAUAAUAAUUAUUUUUUUGUCGAUGCUGUUUUUCUAAAUAAAGAUGUUAGUGAAAAU